GAAAGUUGAGGCCGCGCGGCCGUCGGGUCUCCGGCCUUGAGGGCUCGGGCUCCGCCGCAGCGGCCACCGGGGGCGGGGGAGAGGAGGGCCGGGGCCCACGCUCCCCCAGCCCCGGAGGAGCAGGCGGCGGCUGCGGAUCGAGAGACUCGCCCGGGUGCUCCGACACCCCUUGCCUUCCCCGCCUAGGAUCAUGAGCCAGGCGGGGGUCGCCUCCGCCGCCGCCCCCGCGGUCGAGACCGCGCAGCCGGCGGGUUCCUAUUGCUGUCACCAUGCCAGAAAUGACAGAGAAUGAUACUCCAAUGAAAAAACAGCAUAGAAAGAAAAACCGGGAGACACACAAUGCAGUUGAGAGGCAUAGAAAGAAGAAAAUCAAUGCUGGGAUAAACAGAAUAGGAGAGCUGAUCCCAUGUUCUCCGGCCCUGAAGCAGAGCAAGAAUAUGAUCCUGGACCAAGCCUUUAAAUACAUAACAGAGCUGAAGAGGCAGAAUGAUGAGCUCCUGCUUAAUGGAGGGAACAAUGAACAAGCUGAAGAAAUUAAAAAGCUACGGAAACAACUGGAAGAAAUCCAAAAAGAAAAUGGCCGAUAUAUUGAAUUACUGAAAGCCAAUGACAUAUGCUUAUAUGAUGAUCCCACAAUCCACUGGAAAGGAAACCUCAAGACCUCAAAGGUCUCUGUUGUUAUUCCGAGUGACCAAGUUCAAAAAAACAUCAUUGUUUAUCCUAACGGGAGUCAGUCUGGUGGACACGGCCAGGGAGCAGCUGUUCAGGGGAUCACCUUUAGUGUUGGUCAUCAUUUACAAAAGCAAACUGCCAAUGUGGUGCCAGUGCAGAGGGCUUGCAAUCUUGUGACUCCUGUGUCUAUUUCUGGAGUUUUCUCUUCUGAAAACAAGCCAUGGCAUCAGACCACAGUUUCUGCAUUGGCUGCCAGCCAACCUGUUCCUCUUUGUCUUCCUGCUACCAUUCCUGCUCAAAAGAUUCUCGAACUUUCCACCUCCGAAGGCGAAUCAAGUGUGCUUGGUAUCACAAGUGGCUCUCUGAUUGCUGUUCCAGUUGGGCCUGAACCUCACCAGCCUCGCUCCUUGAACACAUGUCUAAAUGAUCACAAUUCUUCUGACAAUAAGAAUGGGCAGGAGAGCCCCAAAUUAUUAAAGACAUCCACCCCUUGUGCUAUAAGCAGCACCGCCAGCUCCUCAGCAACUGCCAGUAAAGUGUGCCCGGGAAACGAGCAGGACCUCAGAGGUGACUUCCCAAACAGCUUGGUUGUAUCAGUUACCACCACAGUCUGUUCCCAGCCUCCCAGAUCUGUAAGUGAUUCUUCUCCAGUAACCGUUAGCAAGAGUGCAGACUCGACACGUACAACCACUGUGCUGGCACCGGCUGCUCCUGCGGGAGCAGGGAAGACUACCACGGCAGUAAGCACACUUGUUGCAAACUCUUUGGACAGUGGUUGGACUCUUUCUUGUUCCUUGCCUUCUUCAACUGUUAGUGCUUCAGAUUUGAAAAACAUGAGUAGCCUUACCCGAAUUUCUUCAGCUGGAAACACACAGACAACGUGGACUACUUUGCAACUGACAGGAAACACUAUUCAGCCCUUAAGCCAGACAUCAUCUUCCACUGUGACUCCAGUAUUAAACGAGUCUGGUACCAGUCCCACCGCAAGCAACCACAGUAGACCCAUAGCUGCAGCCGUCAACUUGAAUAAUUCCUUUCCAGCAGAGGGGCAGGCAGUUGAACAAGUAGUUGUCACCUUGCCUUCUUGUCCAUCUUUACCUAUGCAGCCAGUAAUUGCCCAGCCACAAGUGAAAUCCCAGCCUCCCAAAAAUAUCCUUCCACUGAAGUCAGCGAUGCAGGUGAUCCAGAUGACUCAGCCAGUCGGGUCAGCUAUUACUGCAGCUCCGCCCAAUCCAAACGUUAUCAUCCUUCAGCCACCCAGCACCACGCCGUGCCCAGCAGUGAUGAGGGCAGAGGUUCCCAGCCAAACAGUCAGUCAGCAAAUAGUGAUCAUACAGACAGCUAAUCAGAAUCCUUUGCCAUUCCUCUCUGCUCCUCCUCCUAGUUCUGUUCGACUCCCUGUCAAUGGAGCUAAUGCUAUAAUAGGGUCUAAUAAUGCAGUGCAAAAUGUUUCAACUCCACAAACUUUUGGAGGAAAGCACCUAGUCCAUAUAUUACCACGACCUUCAUCUUUAUCAACAUCUAAUUCAACACAGACUUUUUCCGUCACCAUGUCCAACCAACAGCAGCCCCAAACCAUUUCUUUAAAUGGACAGCUGUUUGCUUUGCAACCUGUGAAGACGUCAUCAGGAACUACAAAUCAAAUCCCUAUGCAAAUUAUUCAGCCCACCACCAGCGAAGAUCCAAAUACCAAUGUUGCCCUGAAUACAUUUGGUGCUUUGGCCAGCCUCAAUCAAAGUAUAUCACAGAUGGCUGGGCAAAGCUGUGUACAGUUGUCUAUCAACCAGCCUGUCAAUUCUCAAACUGCUGCAAAAAGUCAGACCACCCCAGCCAACUGUGUUUCAUUAACAACUGUAGCACCUCCUAUGACCACAGAUAAUUCAGCCCCCAUACCCAGUACUUCUCAUCCAGUGACUACAUCCUCAGUGACCACUGUCACUUGUUUGCCAUCUACUGUGAAGUCAAAAAGGUUGAAUAAGAAACCAGCUGCCAAGAGACAUUUAACAGCUAGCAAGCCAGUGUGCCCCUUGAAUCCAGGCCAUGAUGCAGGCAAGUUAGACUGCCCCGGGGCCGAAGGCUCAGUAGAGCCUUCCUGUAAUGACAGACCAUCAGAGAGCCUUCCUAGUGUGUUACCACCCGUCGCUGUGUCCCAGGAAAAUGCUGUAGGUGUUCCCGCAUCGCAGUCCUUGGAGGUUCUGGAUUCUCAGUCAGUCACACCCGAGUCUGCAUCCAAGUAUAUGUCAGUGGAAGAAUCUCCCUCACCGUCUCAAGAGUCUGUAACAAGUGAACAUUCUGCGGUGGCUCCAGAAAACCCCAAAGAGUCUACCCCCCUUUUGCAACGAGAGGCAUCGCAGGAUGAACCACCAACUAGUUCAGCAUUGUCAGGUGCCGCCACACCUUGCACUUCAGCCCAUGUGUUGAUUCCAUCUCCAAGCGACACCCACAUUUUGGUUUCUCAGGUUUCUGAUUUGUCAACUACCACAAGCACCACAAGUACUGACUGUGUUUCUGAGGUAGAAAUCAUUGCUGAACCUUGCAGGGUUGAGCCAGAUACAGCGCAAAGCACAAGUGUCUUAAAGGGGCACGGUUUAACUACAUUGCUGUCAGAUCUUGCUAAAGAAAAGGACCCUCAGAAGUCACCUCUUUCGGUCCAGAUGGCCCAUCCUGACUUUUCUUCUGGAAAUCCUAAAGUAGUGGAUUCAGGUGUGGAUUUGCAUCCCAAACAGGAACUGCUGCUGAUGAACGACGACGACAGAGACCCAGCCCAGCACCAUGCCUGUCUCCCAGAUCAGGAGGUUAUCGCUGGCUCUUUGCUCACCAGCAGGCAGGCCGACUCUCCCAUGUCCACCAGCUCUGGCAGCAGUCGCAGUUUCUCAGUCGCAUCCAUGCUUCCUGAAACAGCCAGGGAGGAUGUGACCAGCCAUGCAGCCACGAAUACGUGUGACAGCUGUACCUUUGCAGAGCAAACUGAUAUCGUCGCCCUUGCAGCAAGAGCCAUCUUUGACCAGGAGAACCUGGAGAAGGGAAGAGUUGGCAUUCAGGCUGAUGUGAGGGAAGCUGCCUCCAAGCCUUCUGAAGCAUCAUCUUUAGCAGGAGACCAGCCCUGUAAAUCACAGAUUCCCAAGGAGAAUGGCCCAGGCCAGGCCGAAGCAGCACCUCGUGAAUUUACCUCUCAGGAUUCGAUGGAAGCAGCCAUGGAAAAAUCAAGCUGUUCGCUAGGAAUUAAAACAUCGAGUGCUUCCUUACAGGUUUCAGCUUCUCAGCCGUCAAGCGUCACUAGUUUAAGUGUGAAUAAUCUCAUCCAUCCAAGCAGCAUCGGCCAUCCUCUGGUCAGCUGUGCCAGUUUGUCUCAGACUUCAGAGCCAACAACUGCUCCUACAACGAUCAGUCUGGCUGUGUCAUCCAGCUCCUAUGGUGGCCAGCCUCCUGGGCCAUCACUGAUGACAGAAUAUUCCCAAGAGCAACCACUAAAUACUCUGACUAGUACUAUACCAAAUUCACAGAUUCAAGAGCCACUCUUAAAGUCAGGUCACGAAGGCCGCAAAGAUUCUGCUAAGCGUGCCGUCCAAGAGGAGCUUUUACUGUCCUCAGCCAAACGUCAAAAGCAUUGUCAGCCAGCCCCACUCAGACUCGAAAAUAUGUCCCUCAUGAGUCGGACUCCAGACAGCAUUUCUGAUCAAACACAAAUGAUGGUCAGUCAGAUCCCUCCCAAUUCUUCCAACUCAGUUGUGCCCGCUAGCAACCCGGCACAUGGCGACAGCCUCACACGGUUAUUUCCACCUAGUAACAACUUUGUGGCCCCUGUAUUGAGACAGGCUGAGGUCCAGUGUAGUUCCCAGCCUCCGGUUGCUGAGCAACAGCAAACCCAGGCAAGUCAACAUCUGCAGACCCUGCAGCAGCAUGUCCCCACUCAAGGGGUAUCUCACCUUCACAGUAACCAUCUCUUCAUCAAGCAGCAGCAGCAGCAGCAAGCAGGACAGUUAAGAGAGAGGCAUCACUUGUAUCAGCUGCAACAUCACGUACCUCAUGCCGAGAGUGCUGUCCACUCUCAGCCCCAUAACGUCCACCAGCAGAGAACUCUACAACAGGAAGUCCAGAUGCAGAAAAAGAGGAAUCUUGUCGCAGGCACGCAGGCCUCUCAGCUUUCCUUACAACCAAAGCAUCAUGGAACUGACCAGUCCCGACCCAAGAGUGGUCAGCCACAUCCACACCAUCAGCAGCUGCAGCAACAGAUGCAGCAGCACUUCGGAAGUUCCCAGCCAGAGAAGAACUGUGAAAAUGCUUCAAGCAGCCGGACGCACCACAACCACCCCCAGAACCAUCUCAGUCAGGACAUCAUGCACCAGCAGCAGGAUGUUGGAAGCAGACAGCAGGGUUCAGCAGUUUCUUCAGAACAUGUGUCUGGACAUACUCCAAUGCAGAGGCUUUUGACAUCCAGAGCCUUAGAGCAGCAGAUGGUGUCCCAGCCCAGUAUCGUGACCAGACCUUCGGACAUGACUUGUACUCCACACAGGCCAGAAAGAAACCGAGUUUCAAGUUACUCUGCUGAGGCUCUCAUUGGGAAGACGUCUUCUAAUUCGGAGCAGAGAAUGGGCCUGCCAAUUCAGGGUUCCAGAGUUUCAGAUCAGCUUGAAAUGAGAAGCUAUCUUGAUAUUCCCAGGAAUAAGAGUUUAGCUCUUCAUAAUAUGCAGGGUCGUGUGGACCAUACUGUUGCCUCAGAGAUCCGCCUUUCAGACUGUCAGACGUUUAAACCAAGUGGAGUCAGCCAACCACCACAGAGUAAUUUUGAACUACAGUCUUCAAGAAAUAAUGAAAUAGGUAACCCUCCGGUAUCAUCUUUGAGGGGAAUGCAGUCCCAGGCCUUUCGGAUUAGUCAAAACACUGGUCCCCCACCAAUCGACCGGCAAAAGAGAUUACCUUAUCCACCAGUCCAGAGCAUCCCAACAGGAAAUGCCAUUCCACCAAGGGACAGUGAAAAUGCAUGUCACCAAAGUUUCAUGCAGAGCUUACUUGCCCCUCACCUGGGUGAUCAGGUCAUUGGGAACCAGCGGUCACUCUCAGAACAUCAGAGGAACACGCAGUGUGGUCCCUCCUCUGCCAUUGAGUAUAAUUGCCCUCCAGCUCAUGAAAGCGUCCAUCUCAGAAGAGAGAGUGAGAGUCAGAAUAGAGAAAGUUGUGACAUGUCUUUAGGAGCAAUUAAUACCCGGAACAGUGCCUUGAAUAUCCCUUUUUCAAGUUCUUCUUCUUCGGGAGAUAUUCAAGGUCGAAACACAAGUCCCAAUGUUUCUGUACAGAAGUCCAACCCCAUGAGGAUUACUGACAGUCAUGGGACAAAGGGCCACAUGAACCCUCCAGUGACAACCAACAUGCAUGGGGUAGCAAGGCCAGCUUUGCCACAUCCAUCUGUUUCUCAUGGCAGUGCUGACCAAGGGGCUGCUGGGCGUCAGGCUAAUUCAGUUGGCCAGCGAUCAAGACACCCCCUGCAAGACAGCAGCGGUUCCAAAAUUCGUCAGCCUGAAAGGAAUCGCUCUGGAAACCAGAGGCAUAGCAAUGUCUUUGAUCCGAGUCUUCCCCAUCUUCCUCUCUCCACCAGUGGAAGCAUGAUUCUUGGACGGCAGCAGCCCACCGCAGAGAAGAGAGGAAGCAUUGUGCGUUUCAUGCCUGAUAGUCCCCAAGUACCCAAUGAUAACUCAGGCCCAGACCAGCACACACUGUCACAAAAUUUUGGUUUUCCUUUUAUUCCUGAGGGUGGCAUGAAUCCACCAAUCAAUGCUAACACUUCCUUCAUUCCACAGGUGUCUCAACCUAGUGCCACUCGAACUCCAGCCCUUAUCCCAGUAGAUCCCCAAAAUACUCUACCCUCCUUCUAUCCCCCAUACUCUCCUGCUCAUCCCACACUUUCCAAUGAUAUCUCAAUCCCCUAUUUCUCCAAUCAGAUGUUCUCAAAUCCUAGCUCAGAGAAAGUGAAUGGCGGAAGUUUAAAUAACCGAUUUGGAUCAAUUUUAUCUCCUCCUAGACCUGUUGGUUUUGCUCAGCCAAGUUUUCCUCUUCUCCCUGAUAUGCCACCAAUGCACAUGACCAACUCUCAUUUAUCCAACUUUAAUAUGACAUCCUUGUUUCCAGAAAUAGCUACAGCUCUUCCUGAUGGCUCAGCAAUGUCACCUUUACUCACAAUUGCGAACUCCUCUGCCUCUGACUCCUCCAAGCAGUCCUCAAACAGACCUGCCCACAACAUAAGCCAUAUUUUAGGUCAUGAUUGCAGCUCAGCUGUUUAAAUGCUGAUAAACUAAACAGAAAGGUAAUGGGUGAGAUUAUAAAUGUAUUUUGUGUGCUGCCCUUAUACAUGUACAUGAAGAGAGGGAGUAUGUUUUUAUAAUCAGUUUUCAGUUCUCUUUCAAAUACAGAGAAGCUGUGCCAGAGAUGAUGCAAAUACUGAGUUAUCAAAAACUCUUUGAUUUUUAAUUGCAUGAUGUGCUUUUUAAUUUUUCAAGCAGAUUUGCAUUUCCACAUUUAAUCUGUAAUCUUUUGUUCCCUAACAGAAUUUAGGGAAAAUGAUUUUGGCAUGUGUUGGAUAAUAAGAAGGAUCCUAGAUUUUUUUUUUUUAAUUUACUUUUUACUUUCUACUGCUUUCCCAGGCCAUAGGCAGGGAUCCAGAAGGAAGUGGAGUAGCCGGGACAUGAACCGGCACCCACAUGGGAUCCUGGCACAUGCAAGGCGAGGACCCCAGCCACUAGGCUACCGUGCUAGACCCAGGAUCCUAGAUUUUUAAACUUGGUGAUUGAUCAUGUAGAUAGUUGAAUUGCUAGCCAGAAAUAGCAGCAGCUUGAUACAGCAUCAUAUGCUGGCUAAUAUCAACAUCUAAAACAGAUCCUUACCCAUGGUAAAAUAUGAAUUGAUUUAGAAUCAACUGUCCAUAGUUAAGUGUAAGCAAUUAGUAAAGAAAUGAAUUGCCUAAUUGGCCUUCACUCCUGAAGUUGGGUCCAGGCAGAG